CCGCUGUGACACUGAGGGACACGGAGCUCACGGGCUGAGGGUUGAACCAGCCCCGGCACAACCCACCCGGUGGGCGGGUCGGCCGCGUGCCUUCCUCGUGGCCCGGCGGGCGGGGCGCAGCUCGGAAGUGGUACCGGGGGCGGCUUCCGCAGCGGUUCGUUCGGAGCGGUUCCGCCAUGGACGGCUCCGGCCCGGCCUCGAGCGCUGUCGGGCGGCCGUUGACGGAAGACGAGAUGGCCGACGUGAAGAAGGAGGCUUUAGAGAGGAUGCGGCCUUACUUGUGUGACAAAAUUAUAGCUGAGAGACACUUUGAUUACCUGCGUUCAAAGAAAAUUCUCACUAGAGAAGACACAGAAGAGAUCUCUUCUCGAUCUUCUAGUAGGAAAAAAACUGGGAAGUUAUUGGACUACUUAGCAGAGAAUCCAAAGGGACUGGAUGCUUUGGUGGAAUCCAUCAGGCGAGAAAGAACACAAAACUUUCUGUUACAAAAGAUAACUGACAUAGUGUUGAAAGUCAAAAAUGAAAAACUUGAAGCUCUCAAAGGUCUAAGUUGCAGCACUUGUAUGACCUCACUGUAUGGGGGAACAAAUAAUCUUUCUAGAUCAUAUUCUGAUGAAUCCAAUUUUUUUGAUAAAACGAAAGACAAAGAAUCUACUCAGAUGCACAAUCCAGAAGAAGAUUAUAGCACUGCUGCGUUUAUGUCUGCUGUCUCUCUUCAUUCAAUGAAUCUACCUGUUGCAGAGAUGGGGAGUGCUGAGAGUGCAGUUUUGUCAGUCACCCUUCCAGGCCCUGGAGACCCUGGUGCACCCCCUCUCCCUCCAGAGCUUCAGUCAGAACAGCAGGAACCGUGUACCAGUUCCAGUGACAAUUGCUUUUUGCCUUUAAGAUCACGUUCUCUUCAUCCACAGUGAACUGACAUCUGUCUGUUCAUCCAGAGGCUACUGAAACUGAGUUUCAGUCUUUUAAGGAUUAAAAAAAAA